GUAAUCAGUUCUGCGACCGCAUCGCUUCGUUUCGACGGUGCCCUCAAUGUCGACUUAACCGAAUUCCAGGUGGGCGACAUUACGAAACAAUGCUUCGAACCAGGAUUGCAGAUGGUAAAAUGUGACCCUCGACGUGGGAAAUACAUGGCUUGCUGCUUGUUGUUCCGAGGUGACGUUAUUCCAAAAAAUGUGAAUUCAGCUAUUGCAUCCGUAAAAACCAAGCGGACAAUACAGUUCGUUGACUGGUCGCCUACUGGCUUCAAGGUAGGCAUCAACUAUCAGCCACCGUCAGUCGUUCCGGGUGCAGACCUUGCAAAAUUGCAACGAUCCGUGUGUAUGCUCUCGAACACUACCGCCAUCGCCGAGACUUGGGCUCGACUUGACCGUAAAUUGGACCUUAUGUAUGCAAAAAGGGCAUUUAUACACUGGUACGUUGGAGAUGGUAUGGAAGAGGGAGAUUUCAGUGAAGCUCGAGAAGACCUAGCAGCACUCGAAAAGGACUAG